AUGGGGGUCGGUGGGUGGACAGCGCCCCCGCGAGCCAGGUGCGAUGAUGCAUGCGCCCCUCUUACUGAGACGUCUGGAAGCUGGGAGAAGGUCGGCCCGUUACCGCUGACUGGGGUUCUCCUGGAGCCCUCCCCACAUCUGGGGCGUCUGCGGGCCCGGGGUCACCGCAUGGCGAAGGCCCUGGGGGACCCUUCCCUGGAGGAGGCUUUAGGAGACACUGCCCUGGAGGAGGCUCUGGGGCACUAUCAACGGAGUCUCCGGGAACGAGCCAACAGAAGCAUUCACCAACUGAAAUGCGCCCUCCAGGAAAGCGAUAUCAUAGUUGGAGAGGAUGAAUUUGAACAAGAAGAGUCCUAUAGGGAAAGUGUAACUGAGGAGAGUGGGUCUACUUGGCAAGAAUUACAUCAUAGCCAUGCAGUUACUCAACUUAAAGCCUUGUUAAAUCAGCAGAACAGCAAAGAAAAUGAAAUAUCCCAACCAAGAAGGAGAAAAAUUUUGCCUUCGAAAACAUCAGAAGAUGAGAAUAGCAGUUUUCCUGCCGUGUUUGAUCUUGUUCCCAUCAUUAAUGAUCAGUCGCAAUACAUUCAUCAUUUAGAGGCAGAAGUGAAGUUUUGUAAGGAAGAACUAUCUGGAAUGAAACAAAGAAUACAAAUGGUUGUGCUUGAAAAUGAAAAACUUCAGGAAGACUUGAAAUCCAGACAAUCAGAACAAAGAGUAGAGCAAAUCAUUAUGGAUUCCUCUGUAGGAGAUCGAAGCACCAGGAAGUGGGAGAAUAACCAUGAGGCAAGAGGCUGUGAGAUGACAUCACCGGAACCAGAGCCAGCAGGGUGGACCUCUUAUCGAUUUAGGGGAACAGAGUCUUUAUCACCAGACUUCGCACAAGCUGAACCCCGCUCAGGACCAGAGCCUCAGAAAAAAGACUUCUUGUCGCCAGGACCUCGUCCAGGAGUAGGGUCUCUGACACUAGACCCAACCAGAAGCCCAGCACAUGCUCUAUUUGCAGGAAAUCAUCUGAUUAAGCAUCAUCCCCUGCCACCUUGGGAUGAGGCACAUGAACUGGCGCUGAAUGGAAAUCCUCAAAAUUCUUGGGUUACACCAGUUGAUUUUAGAAAGUGUCAAGAUAGCAAGUUGAUUGUUACUCCAAAUGCUCUAGACCAAGUCAAAUCAACCACUUCUGACCUGGAAAAAUGGCAACUAGAACUUGAAAGGUUGAAACUUAUUUAUGAAGAAAAGAAUGAAGUGUUAGAAUCUCAAGUCAAUUCACUGAGAAAAGACUUGUGUGAGUCUCAGAAAAAUUGUGAAGAACUCAAAGGGAGACUAAGGCAUCUAGAAUCUCUUAAUUCAACUUCUAACCGCAUUGGUGGUCUUUGUUUAAAAUGUUCUCAACAUGAAGCUGUUCUCACUCAAACCCAUACCAGUACUCAUAUACAGACUAUUGAAAGAUUAACCAAGGAAAGAGAUGAUUUAAUGUCUGCACUAGUUGGACUAAGGAAGACUUUGUCAGAGAUGCAGCAAAUGGAAUCCAGUGCCUAUGAGCAAGUGAAACAGGCUGUGCUGAUGACAGAAGAAGCCAACUUUGAAAAAACCAAGAGUUUAAUUCAGUGUGAGCAGUUAAAGACUGAGCUGGAGAGACAGAAGAGUCGAUUUGAAAAAGAACUCGAAGUCCAGCAAGAGAAACGAUUCAGUGAAAAGGAAACGUUGAGGCAAGAGAUGAAAAAGGAACGGGAAGAUCUGGGAGCAACGAUGAUUGCAUUAUCUCAGAAUAUGGCCCAACUAGAAACUCAGAUGGAGAAAGUUACAAGGGAGAAGCUCUCAAUAGCUAGUCAAUUAGAAGCUGCUCAAAAACAACUUGCUUCUCAUGAUGUGGACCUCACAGAGGUGUGUGGAGAAAUGCGCUAUCAGUUGAAUCAAACCAAAAUGAAGAAGGAUGAGGCAGAAAAGGAGCACAGAGAAUACAGAACAAAAACUCUAAGGGAGCUUGAAUUUAAAGACCAGGAAAUAGAGAAACUGAAAUUAGAACUGAAUGAAAGCAAGCAGCGUAUGGAACAAGCACAGCAGGAUGGAGCCAGAGCCAGAGAUGAGUGCAUAAAACUGACAGAACUGCUGGGCCAAACUGAGCACCAACUGCACCUCACCAGGCUGGAAAAAGGAAGCAUUCAGCAGAGCUUUAGCAAUAACGCAAAGGCCCAAGCCCUUCAGGCCCAGCAAAGAGAGCAGGAGCUGACACAGAAGAUGCAGCAAAUGGAAGCCCAGCAUGAUAAAGCUGAAAAUGAACGCUAUUCAUUGCUGAGCUCCCAGAAUGCAUUUAUGGCCAAGUUGAAAGAAGAAUGCUGUAUGUUAGCUGAGAAACUGGAAGAAAUUACAGACAAAAGCAGGUGUGAAGUUUCCAAGCUUAAUCAGGAAAAUAAAUACAUGACAGACCGACUGGAAAAGCUGCAGAACCGAAAUAAAGAAUUAGAAGAUCAGUGUGUCCAACAUGGAAAAAUGCAUGAGAGAAUGAAGCUAAGGUUAAACCAGCUGGACCGGCACUGCGAAACCACUGCCCAACAACUGGUGCUACUUCUCAAGAAGCAGAACGAGCUUUUCAAGGAGAGGCAGAACCUGGCGGAGGAAGUUCAGAGCCUGAAAUCCCAGCUGCUCCGUGCGCCACAACCUAAUGGCAGACCUGGAUGAGGCAGAUAAACGCUGGCCAAGCUGUCUCCAGUCAUCCUUUUGUCUUCCCAGGCCAGGAUGCUUCGCGACGGGCCGCGGCGGACCUGGGCUCGUGCCGCUCCCUCCGGGCACACCGGCCGGAAUGGGGCUCUCUGGGUGCCCUUCCGCUUUCAGCCCUUGCGGAAAGCUCCUUUCAUGAUGAUCGCGUGUGCGCUUUUUAUGAUGAGUGUCAAAUUAAAUAAAUGGACCGUUUUUUUUAGCCUCUAAUUCUACUGUUACCUCUUUAACCUUAUGAUUAACAGCCCCCCCCCAACAGCCCCAUCUCCCAGCACAGCCCCCUUCUGUCGCCCAGCUUCUGCCGCUCGCCACCUCGAUCGCCCUGAUGCUCAGGCCUGGGUGCGAGACCUCGGGGAGGGAUCUGCACCAGGCACGGCACGGUGUCCUGGCCACAGGAUAGGAGUUUAAAAGACUCUCCAGCCCAUCCCACUCAUUUUCAGACGGGGCAGUUUGGGCCAAAGAGAUGAAGUGAUUUAGUCCAACAUUCAACAGAAGUAACUGAAGUUUAUGCUUCCGGACACUCAGCACUAACAUGUUCUGAAAUGAAAAAAAGUGUCCCUGUGGCAUAUGAAAAUGAUAGAAACACCGAUUUAGGGUUGAUGAUUAAUCCACCCCACCCCCCAUUUUAUGGAUAAGGAACUGAAGACGAGGAAGGGGAAGUGACUUACCCAAGGUGCCAGGGUUUAACCUCCUCUUCCAGCACUCUUUCUUGGACACCACAAGCCAAGGCUACCGCUGAAGCCCAUCAUUCCCUCUGGGGCUCUUCCGAUGCCCCUAAUCCUUGACCUGUGGUUUUUUAACUUUGCUUGUAAUGCAGUAUGCUUGUGUUUGGUCAAAAAUCAAUCCAGGUCAGGUCUGGAGGCUGGGCCUUGAGUAUAUCCAGAGAACGUUUUGAGUCUCUGCGUCUAAAAGAAUGUCAAAGUGGUUCUUCUAUUUGGGCUCAAACAUUUCAGGCUCCACCCUGAGGAAGCCCUCAGAGAUAGUCCUGCGGAACAGUUCAAUUAGCUCUAAUUUUGUCCUAACAGCACCCGUUUAAACAUCUUUUAUGAGGAUCUUUUAGGGCUUUUAAAAAUUUUGGUCUGGUGAAACCAUCAACUCCAGAGGUUCCAAGAAAGGUGUGGGAAUGCCUUUGGAUCGCACCGGAUACUGUGCAGUCUUCAAGCAUACUUGAAUAUGACUGACCCCGAAGGCAGCGCUUUUCUGUGGCCCGGGCACAAGGGCGGCCAGUUUACACAUUUCAGCAUCUGAGAUAGAACCAGAAACUAGCCAGGCGGAAGGUUAUAGGCCCCGAGAGGCCCCCAGAAGGGCUCUCCACGGGAAUUGGAGAGAACUCCUGACCUCAAUACAGGCCUGCACAAACCAGUAAGGAACGGGAACUCAUCGUGCACCCACAUACCAAGCUGAUGUGAUGCACCACAUAGGAAUCUGGGGACCAAAAGCUGGGGCAGGCUCCUAAAUGAGAACCGCACGUCUCAUGGAUCUCUAGACGGCUACAGGGUCAUCUUUGGAGAAAAAAUGGGGUCUCUCUAGAGUCGUUUUUUGUGUCCAACCCUUACUAAAAAUGCAAAAGAGCGCAUUUGCUUCAAUAAAAUAAUUUUUUGUUGUUUUGAUUCGCACGUGCAUUACAUAUGUUCGUGUCACAUUUCUAUUAGAGAGGAGCCCAAUCACUAGUGGUUAAUACAAUAACCACAAAAAAAACUUUUUUUGCAGAAAAAUCUCUACCUUUCAGAAAUGACAGGACCACAGCCAACAAGAAUAAACAGAGAGGUAGCAGAUUGACAUAGUGCUUUAUUUAAGCUGUCUGUACGAAGGAAAAUAAUGUGCAUCCCUAUCAUAUACGUGUAAAAAUACUAAGGAUGUACAGUGUACAAAAACAGUUUCUUGUAGUUAUUUCACAUCCUUGUGGGUCAUAUACUUAAGUAAAUAAACAGUUUAAGUAUGACCAACAGUAAGAGUAAUACAGUUCCUUGGGUUCAUAGUCACGUCUGCUUAAAAUCCUUAACCAGAUGACUAGAUCUUGCACAGAUUUAAUGAAAGAACUAGCAAGGUCAAGAAAUGUCACAAACUCUAAAGCUACAGGGAGGUAAUUCAAUUACCAAUUUAGAGGUGUCAUUUAUGGUUGUUUAUUUGUUUAUUUAAAUAAAUACUUUACAGUUCAUGCUUGCCUGUAAUGCACUACCAGGAGCAAGAUAAGGAAAUUCUACUGUAGACAGUACAAACAGUAGCAGCAAAGUGUGUACAUUGAGGUGUAAUAGAUAGACCCUGCAGUUAGUAAGGAAGGACCUUCCUUGUGUACUCUGGGAGAAGCACAAUGGCCCCUGCAAGAAGAGUCAGCUUUAGGAAGCUAGAAAUCGGGGGUGGGAAAUGGAAAACAAUACUGGAAUCAUGUUCUUUAAGCAACAGGAAUGUGUUGGAAGAUGCAGUUAGUGGAGAACGCAAAGCUGUGUGCAAAUCUGUCUUCAGUCCAAACAGAAAGAGCCGACUUCCUCCAAGAUGGCCUCCGUGCAGGAGGGCCGGCUGAGCGACAGUCAGUGCAAGCCGGAGGCAACCCGCUGACACGUCCGAGGAGCGAUGGAAGGCGCCCGUCUCGGGCCUUCUCACCUGCCAGAAUGCUAAAACUAGAGUCACGGCAAAUACCAGAAGCUCCCCCAACCUCUUUCAGCAUCGCAAUCUGGUGUCUAUUUUCUUCCCUUCUCCCAGCUGAGUGAAGACUGUGGGUCUUCCCAACUCUAAGCCAAGCGAAUACUCUGCUUGUCCUGAAUACGUCUUCGGCGCCCUCGAGAGCAGGGUGGCAGCCCGCUUAGCCCUCUGCAACUCCACCUGAAAUAGCUUUCCAACAGUUCACCAAACUCAAGUGCAGACUGCACCGGGCUCCCCCAGAGCCACGUGGCUGAGCGGAGGGCCUGGGGCUCGGGCAGGGCCGCCAUUCGUCUGGAGGAAGUGCCCAGUGCCAAGGUCGCACAACACUACCUCGAGAGGAAAACCAAAGGAAACCAGUGGCCGUGCCUGGCCGGGGGGCGAUAGGCCGCCCGCCGUCCGUGGAGGGCAUUUCAGAGGGGCAAACGCUCCGCGUGGCCAGGAAGCCGGGCCCCAGCUCUCCCGUCCUCAGCUCGCCUGAUACGUUUUUAUGUAGGGAGGGUAAAACAACUCGGGGGAUGUGCUCACUAUUCCGACUUUCUUUUCCAAAGAUGAAAACUCAAUAGGUUACCAAGUAAGAAGAUGAAAUCCGUAAGUAUAAGCAAAAUGAUAUCCUUUACUUUAAUUGCCCACCUAGUAUUAAAUAUGAACUUUACUCAGAAAUAUGAAAAAUUAGAAUAAAGUCUAUGUCUGAAUGUGUCUUAGCUGCCUUAGUAAAAUGCCCUUUGUCCCUGUCAGCCCCAGUGUCCACUGCCAGCAGUGGCAUCGCGCUAAGCCCGCACGUUCAGCAUCCAGCAGCUAAGACAUCUGCAUAUGAAGAGUAUCUAGAAGUCAUUUGCUCUUUCAUACAACACAAUCAUAAUUCUACAUAAUGCUGCCAUUUGUCACUGUGGGAGCUGCUAAGAUAGUGACACCAGAAUACUUCAAUGAUAAUCCUAUGGAGCCAGGAUUCCUUCUCUUGUGUAGUAAGAGCAGCCUUCUGGCCUUGCAGGCCUUGCAGGCCACUGUGGAAAACGUCAGCUCCUAGCACCAGAGGGUUUAAAUCUGAAGAUCAUCAUUAAUAAAGGAGAAAGAUGAGGUUUGCAUACAUGCCCCAUUCAGUAAGAAACAUUGGGAUUUGGGGACAUGAGUAUAUACAGAAAAAGAAAACUUGGAGGUGUUCUUUUUUUCCCUGAUGACAAUUCAGUGAUUAAUGUACCAUGAUCUGCCCAGACACAGUAGUUUUCUUACCCCUUGUUUUCUACUUGGUACAUUCUAGCAGUGAUUUCUUCAAUCCAUCCUCUUCAUGGUCAGCGUGCCAAGUAAAGUGCUUUUCUGAUCAUUGUUCUGGUGUCAAAUCGCUUUAAAAGUAUUCCUUCACCUCAUUCCUAUUCUGCUGCCUGGCUUUCAUAAUACAUUAAUUCUCAAAGGAGCAAAAACAUUCGUUUGUUUUUAGUAACUGCCUGGCACUGGCCGUUGGGCUCUCCAGUUACAGCACCGAGGUUAAGUGACAGUAUCUCUUCCCCUGAAGCCAACUCUAUGCAGCGUAUACAAUUUCAGAGCCUUGUCAAAAUGUCCACAUAGGAGAAAAAAGUGCAUGAUUCUCAUCAGCUUGUACAUUCCUUUGCAUGUAGGACAAACUAAACUGCUGUAAGCCUAAUCUAUGUAAGUUGCAGCUGUAUCUGCUAAGAGGACACACGCAAUCUUUAUCACUAAAAAAUAAAUACUACUGCGAUAUAAACAAAACCAACCCCAAAGGACAUUCAAAGAUCUUAACAUUUGUGAAAAGAGAAUUCACAAAAAAACAAAGUAAAAGUAAAAAACAUGGAAGGCAAACACCUGUUUCUCUUGGUGCACAAGUUUUGGUGAAAAGCAGGAUCCCUGUGCCUGUCUACAUUCUUUAGCCAUCAGGAGGGAUGUACAUCAAGAGGGAAAAAAUGUAAAUACCAAGCGCAUGGAAGAGUGCUCUCUGGUGCAAACCACUCCAUUAGACCCUUCGAGCGACGGUGACAAUGCCGCGUCUAUGCCACCUCCGUGUCUUGGCUGUAACGCUCAGUUGUCCAUGAUUGCACAUGAAAUCUGGAAGUCCGUGUGACACCGGGCGCCUGGGGCCCCUCUACUUCUUCGGUAGUAGCCAAUAGGAAUUUAUAUAUAUAUACACACAUAUGUGUAGACAUAUAUGUGUGUGUGUGUAUAUAUGUAUGUCUACAUAUAUAUCUAUAUAUCUAUAUAUAUCUCAAUGGUAAAGUCCUUUGCUCAAAUGCUUUCCAAAUGAAUUCCAGCCAGAUGUUAAUGACAUAUGCCUGCUUCCAGUACUUAUAUGCCCUAACUCAAGCUUUGCAUAAGCACAUCACCACCCUCUCCAAAUUGCUUAUUUGGACCAGCACAAACAGAUGCAAGAAAACAUUAGGAACUAAGUCUUCUUAGUCUAAUUAAUAUUCUGAUUUACCUUCUAGAAAAUUAAGAGAUGCAUCUAGGACCAAUUUAUCUCUUUUUAACCUCUAAGGCGAGGGAAAAACAAAAGAUGACAAUUGGUGCACAAACAUACAACGGAGGACUCAUGACUUCCAAAGAUUGUAAAAUUACUUCUUAAAGUUGCUAUAAUAGUGAGACGGUAGCAGCAAUAGCAUGAGACCUUAGACUGAGAAAAUUUCAUGCAAAAACAAAAAGGCAGGUGUGUGUGUGUGUGUGUGUGUGUGUGUGUGUGUGUGCACGCGCGCACACGCGCGUGUAUGUCUGUGAGAAUGUUUGUAAGAGAAGGACGGGAAGCAAGGGCAUGAGGGCAGGGAUGAAGAGAAAAGGGUGGAAAGGGAUGAAGGAUCUCAUUCAAUUUGGGAUGACGUCUGAAAGUGCUCCUGCUAUCUUAGCGAAUAGCUAGUACUGGUGGUGAUGCCCAGGAUUCAUUUCUGAUAAUAAACCUAGGAUGACAGCGAUGCAGCAGAAUUCAAGAAGAUUAUUCUCGUCCACUUGCUGAGUAGGAAAACUGUGGAAAAUGUGGCCGUCUCUCAUUGUCCAUGCAGUCCAUACCAUCUUCAUCAUCUGUGGGGAUGAAACAGCUCUUUGAACUUCACAUAAAAUUUUCAACAAAACUCUUUAGUCUGUACUCUCCUCAAGGAUUAUGUUUUUCCAGAUUCUCACAAAUGAAGGAUCAAGCUUAAACCAACAUUUAUCACAUACACAUCAUUAAAAUUAAACUACAAUUGCAUUUAUUUGAAGGAUUAUCUUAUUUCGUGAACUAAGAGCCUCUAACCAAAUAGCAUCUUAACAUGAAGUUGUACAUCAGCAUGCAGUAAAGAAUAAAAAUGAAAUGAUACUCAUGUGGUAAGGAGAGAUACCAAGGAAACUAGCAGGAAGGAGAAAUGUUUUAACAAUAUGCAAAAUAACUAAAAAGUGAUAUUUUCAUUUAAAGUUUCAUUUCUUCAGUUAUAAUUUAUAUCAUAACUAUAAAUUAUUAUUUUUAAUUCUAUUUUUUAAAAAUGUUCAUCUCAUUAUGUCUUCCUCCCGAAUCAUAUGGUAAUUUGUGCCCCUUCCAAAAUAAAAUGUUCCUAAAUCUAA